AUGUUAUUAAAAAGUCUCUACAGAUUCUGUUCAUUAAAGAGGUACAAUUUCUAGGACAUCCUCAUGUUGUAGAGAUUUUCAUAGGAGGAAACCAAAAACCUUAAUCUCAAGUAAGAGGUUUUGUAUUUCUACUUCCACAGCAAGAAGGUAUUCUUCAAAGCUGAAGGGACUGUGCUUGAACUCCAAUAGGCCAUCAAGAAAUAGAUCGACGAUGUGAAGAGUGUCGGAUUAUAUCAAUAAACCAACAAUCAUGAAUAAAUUGAAUAUGCAUCCUCCACUCCCAUGCAAUUGGUGUUGGCGGAAGACAUGGUUUUAAGGUUGAAUUAGACAGAAAACUACAUAAUUCUCAAUAAAGUAGACAACCCACCAGUGAUUGACUUGAUCGACAACUAUCCAAUCACCCAACACGCAUUGCAUGAAUAUUUCUAAGAGAUUGAUGUGCCACAGAGAACAAAGGUGGUAUUGAGCAAUUUUAUCCAAAAACUGUUGUCUGAGAUCGAGAAACACAAGGAGUUGACUUACGAUAAGGACUUGAUCAUGUUGAUAAUAAAGAAGGUCAUCAUGAAAUUGGGUAUCUACUCUUAGGCCCAGAAGCAGAUAAUAGAUGAUUAGAUCUCAUUUCUGGAGUGCAAAUAGAAUCGUUUAGCUCAUUUGAAGGAUUCUAUCAUAAAGGAGUUGGAAAUGAAGGAGUAGACAACUUUGUAUUAGAUUUACUUUUACAUUCUCAUGUAAAUAGCCUUUACUCAAUACGGAACAUAUGUUGUCUGGGGAUGGGAUGUCAUGGAGCCUGUGACUUUCAUGCUCGGAGUCACUGACAUGAUCAUAGCCUAUUAGUUUUGGAUGAAAACGACUAAGGCCUAUACCUUUGGAAAUGUUCUGUAACACGCUGUGAAUAAGCAUUUGAAUAAGAGACUGGCUGAACAGUUUAAUUAUGCGGAUGAAUUGAAUGAUGUUAAUAGAAUGAUAGAAUAUUUGAAAUUCAAGUAGAUGGUUUAUAGCAGCGACAUUUACGAAGUGAUUAGUGUUAUAGAGGGAGCCAUAGAGGAGAAAUAGGCAAAGCUGUAGGCGUAAGAGGAGGAAGAGUAAUGA